CUGGAUGUAAUACAGGCAAAAACAGAAUAAACCUUUCCACAACAUUACAACUAACAGCAGUGGAUGUGAUUGAUAUUCAUUGCUCCAGACAUACUGUAGUUGACAGAAUUUCCCUCUUGUGCACGUAAAAUGAAACCAGGAAGUUAUAAUGGCAAACCAAACCUAUGCGUCUGAAUUCCAUCUGCUUGGCCUUUCCAGAAGCUUGAAGAUCCGUCUUUUAUUGCUUGGACUUUUCUCAGUUGUCUAUGCUCUCACUCUCAUGGGCAACACAAUCAUCUUAAUGCUCAUAUGGUUGGAUGCCCGACUCCACACCCCCAUGUAUUUCUUCCUAAGCCAUCUGGCCUGUGUGGACCUCUGCUACACUUCCAGCACCGUUCCCCAGAUGCUGACCAACCUUCAAAGCCCAGGACAAGCCAUCUCAGUGGUUGGAUGUGCCAUGCAGAUGUAUAUCUUUCUGGCCUUGGCCACAGCAGAGUGUUUUCUCCUGGCAGUGAUGGCCUAUGAUAGAUAUGUGGCAAUAUGUCAUCCACUGCACUACACAAUCCUCAUGAACAAAAGAAUGUGCAUCUUUAUGGCCAUGACAUGCUGGACUAGUGGCCUUGUCCUCCCAGUGGCCCAUACAGUUCUCACUUGGCAGUUGCCAUUCUGUGGCUCUAACAUGAUAGAUCACUAUUUUUGUGAAAUGCCAGCUUUGCUGAAGCUGGCAUGUGCUGAUACCAGAGUUAUUGAAAAGAUUACCUCUGUGGGGUGCAUUUUUACCUUGCUUAUUCCUAUCACUUUUAUCACAAUGACUUAUAUCCGCAUUCUAGCAGCCAUCUUGAAAAUCCAAUCUGCACAAGGGCAGCACAAAGCUUUCUCCACAUGUGGUUCCCAUAUGAUAGUUGUAGCACUUUUCUAUGGCAGUGCCAUAAUUAUGUAUAUGAGACCUGAAUCCAGUCACUCUCCAGGCCAGGACAAAAUGAUUUCUCUGUUUUAUAGCAUUGUCAUUCCUUUGUGCAAUCCCAUUAUUUACAGUUUGAAGAAUAAGGAUAUGAAAACAGCGUUGGCUAAAAUCCUGCAGUUCUGAAAGUUUUGUGGAGUGCCAAACAAACAAAUAAGAUGCAUUGUAGUGGUCUAUAAACUUUGGACUGUUUCUUCUUUUGGGCAACAGUUCUUUACGGUAUCAGGCAGAAUCUUUCUGCUAACUUUUAUUGUCACUUUUUAAAUAUAUAUUAUUCUGUCGGUCUUUUAUUUUUAUUUUCUACUAUUAUUAUUGUUUUAAUGCUUUUAUUUGUGGGUCUGUGACCAUAAUAAAGAUUGAUAGGGAUUACAGGGUUGUAAAAAGGGAGUUUUACUCAUGAUGAGGACUUAAUUUGAAAUCUUCUAGAAAAU